AUGGAAGUUACAUUCCACGUGCGGCUUUUCAGCCCAGCCCAGCGCGAGUGGGUGCCCAUUCCGAAGGCCCUGGUCGACAGCAGCGCCGGCCUCCGCGUCCACCAGAUAAACCCCGACCUGCUGUGGCAGGCUGCCGCCGUCGCCGUCGCCGCCGCUUCGGGCAACCUGACCUCCGAGUCGGCCGGCCUGGCGCACUGGGCCGGCGCCGCCGGGGAGCUGGGCGGGCUCGACGUGACGCGGCCCCGCGUCCAGCUGGACGCCGCGAGUGCCGCCUCGGAGCCGGCCGUCCGGGUGCGUCGGGCGCCAGCCGACUCGGCUGUGUUGGAGGCGAGCGCCGUGCUGCGCGCGGCCUACCCUUCCAGCCGGAUGGGUCUGCUUCAGGUCCCGCUGGUCGUCGCCUACCGCGCCCUCCUGCCCUCCGCCGCCUGCCCGCAGCUCGACGGCCGCCAGGCCCUCUGCGACAAGGCCCAGCAGCCGCUGGUCGACUGGUCCGGCUGCCGCGGCCAGCUCGACCUGGUGCAGCACGUCUGUCUGCCUCAGCCGCGCUGCGAGGCCAAGCUGGCCUGGAGCGCGGCCUGGGAGGAUAUCGAUCUCGCCGACAGCGCCGCGCCUCCUUCCGACGCGGCCGCGCCGCUGCGCGUCGGCCGCGUCGAGUAUGGCCGCCCGGGCUUCCGGCGCCGCGUCCUGCGCGCCCGCCUCCGCAAUCUCGGCCCCACCAAAGCCACCGGCCUGCGCAUUGCCGUCCGCUCGGCCGACUCGGCGCGCGCUGGCCUGCGUGCCAUGCUGGUCUCGGCGCGUCUCUUCCAG